AAACCACAAGUAUAAAACUGCCAAAGCCUGAGUGACGUAAGUAAUGAGUCAAAUCUAAAGCGCUUCCUGUUCUAAGUGUUCAACCAACAGACGUGGUUGUACACCUGUGUUUAAUGUUAUUUGUUCACUCGAAGUUCCGAUGGCAUCUUAAAACAUUAUUCGAUGCGGAACCGUGCAUUUCCAACACUCAGGACGAGUGUUGUCAAUAUUAAUUAGUUAAUAUUAACGAGUUUAUGUCAAUCCAACUAAUCGAAAUAUUCUUCGAAUAUUCCAGUGGUAGGGCUCAUAGUACGUUUAGUAAUUGUCUCUCUUGAAAUGGAAUGAUGUUGUUGGCAAUUUUUAAUACAAGCGCUGCGGAGGAAGAAAUAAACCCAAUCAAAUCUUAAUGUUUUAAAAGAAACAGAGAACUCUUAAAAUAAUUUUAAACAAACUGGACCGUUUUUCAGCACUUAUACCACCAAUUUAUUUGAGCCUGAAGGAAUCAUAAAAUAAAAAAACCGCACAAGCAAGCAAGUAAUUUGUGGUUUUAUUACACGGAUUAUCGCCUUGAGCAUGUUGUGGUAAUACUGCUGGAUUAAACACUCUGGCAUUGUUGAUUAGCAUCGUUCUAGAUACGACAAUCCCUUGAUGUGCAUUUUAUUUCAGAAUAUAAUCCUCACCAUCCGUAACGCUGAUGUUUCAAAACAAUGUUUUAUUAUUCAAAAUAAUGUCCAAAGGUUUCUCUCCCUACUGUUGUUAUGUACCUAUAUUAUUUCUUAAACAAAGGAUAGCAUCGCUAGCCGUUUAAUUUAUCUUGAAAUUUAUGGCUUUUUGAAUCGCGAAAACGUUUCAGCAACAUUGAACGCCAAUAUAUUUCAUUCUGAACGUAUUAAAAGGCUAAAACCCCGAUAUCCUUCAUUGCCUACUGGCCUUGUUGUACAUAAAUCUACAUGACAACCUAUUAUCACGAACGUGCGCUGCUUCUUCCUGACCGUGAUGGCUAAAAAUGACGUAUCCACCACUCGCGAUGGUACCUCACGACCGGAUUACGACGACGGCCAAUGCGCCAUUUGCCUGGAACCGCAUUUGAACAAGUCACACUUGAAUUGUGGCCACGUCUUUUGUUUUCACUGCCUCGUCGAGUGGUGUACGAUAAAAUUACAAUGUCCAACGUGCAAGCAAUUAUUCACGAUGUUCUCGCACAAAGUUGGAUCGUCCGAUGAUCUACAAACGUACACCCCUAGUCCUCCGUUGAACCCAGACGUCGUCCGUCCGCCGGUUAAUUACCUGGAACUAUUUGCUUUAAUGUUGGGCGAUCAUGAAUUUCGAAGUCGAUUGAACAAUCCGCAAGUCAUCCGCCAAGUUGAGGAUUUUCGGCGAGUGCUGAGCGAUCCUGAAGUUAUCCAAGCGCUGGACGACCCUGCAUUUAGAUCCACUUUGAACAAUUCACAAUUUGGGGCUACGUUUGAAGAUCGUCAAGUUCAACGUAUUAUGAACGAUCGUGCAUUUCGCCGUUUGUUGGACGAGAUGCUUGCAGAGAUAUUGGACGAUGAUGAAUUUCUGUUCACGCUGAGUUAUCCUGAAUUGCGUCGGUCGUUCUUCGCUAGUUGGGCACGUGAACUCAACAUUUUCAGCUCUGAAACUGCUCACCCAACACCAGUUCUCGCCCAUACUUCCAAUACGACUCAAAGUCGGGAGUAAAUGGUGAUUGGCUGUUUGCUUUUUUAUAGCGUUGCUUUGUCGUGUUGACUCAAUAGAUCCCAUCCGCACAAUGUACCACAAACUACCUGAAUAAAAUUCGAAAAUACACA